AGUAUUGAAAAAUCUCUCAAAGAGAUAUUUUGUAUUUGAAACAUGGUUUUAAAACAACGAAAUUUAUUUUUGUUUAUAGUUUUAAUUUGCCUAAGUAGUAAAUAUUUAAAGCUUACACAGGCAAACUCAAUAUUUCGUUUUGGCUUUGAUUUUGGUUUGAAUUUAAAUGAAAAUUCAUUUAAAACUUCAUUCAAAAUUGGAGAUGAUGAUAAGGAAACAACUACAACUAAAGAUAGCUCUUACUUUACGGAAUCGCCUGCUACAGUAGUAUCACCCAUUUUAACAGAAAUUUGGUCUAAACAAACACAACUGAAUGCCACUGCUUAUGAUAAACUACAAGCGACUCGUCUUGCUGUAACACAAUUGAAAAAUGAAAUUUUAGUUGUGGUGGGUCGCAGUGAUUUCUUAGCGGCGAAAGUCAAACUAAUGACGCGUUAUUUAAACAAAGUAAAUACAGUUUUAGCAACUAACACUGAUGAAGGUGCAAAUUGUUUUCUAAUUUUGCAAGACUAUGUGCAGUUGGUUGAUGAUUUACGUGCGCCGCCUACUAGCGCAGAAGGUGGAGAACGUUCAUUGGAUUAUAUGGUUAUGAAAUUGGGUUUGGAAAAGCAUAAAUUAAUUGAAUUGCAAACGCAAAUUUUACUGGAAGUACUACAGGCUGUGGAAACGUGGGAAACGUAUGUGAAGAAACAACUUGUCGAUGUUGGUACAGUCUAGUUUAAAAGUUAAAUGAAAAUUUUUCUUAUCUCGAAAUUGUAUUGUUGGCUUGUAUUAAGAAAAUUAAAUAAAAAAAAUUAUUUUAAAAAAUUCACGAUAACGUAAA